CCAGCGAGGAACCCCCGGCUGGCUCAGUAAGUGCUCCCGCGCGGGCCGGGUGGGGUCGCGUCCUGAAGCUGUGGCCUCUGCACCUCGCUCCGCCGCGUCAGGGGUUCGAGGCCAGGGCCCACGUGCCUGCCUAGGGUUUGCAUCCCCGGCGCGAUGCUGUUCGACAAGGUGAAGGCAUUCGUGGUGCAGCUGGACAACGCGAGCGCGGGCGCCGAUCCCGUGUUCAGCGGCGGCCAGGCCGUAGCCGGCCGGGUGCUGCUGGAGCUGGCGGGCCCGGCGCGCGUGGGCGCCCUGAGGCUGCGCGCACGGGGCCGCGCUCGCGUGCACUGGAGCGAGUCACGCAGCUCCGGCUCCAGCACCGCGUACACGCAGAGUUACAGCGAGCGUGUGGAGGUCCUGAGCCACCGUGCCACGCUUCUCGGGCCAGAUACUGGAGAGACAACCACGUUGCCUGCUGGGCGCCACGAGUUCCCAUUCAGCUUCCAGCUGCCUCCGACACUGGUGACCUCAUUCGAGGGCAAGCACGGCAGUGUCCGUUACUGCAUCAAGGCCACCCUGCACCGGCCCUGGGUCCCGGCCCGCCGGGCAAAGAAGGUGUUUACUGUGAUCGAGCCUGUGGACAUCAACACCCCUACCCUGCUGGCCCCCCAAGCAGGAGCCCGGGAGAAGCUCGCCCGAUCCUGGUACAGUAACCGCGGCCUCGUCUCCCUCUCGGCCAAGAUCGACCGCAAGGGCUACACACCAGGUGAGGUGAUCCCUGUGUUCGCUGAGAUUGACAACAGCUCCACGCGCCCGGUGCUGCCGCGAGCAGUUGUGGUCCAGACACAGACCUUCAUGGCGCGAGGCGCCCGCAAGCAGAAGCACGCGGUGGUGGCCAGUCUCUCGGGCGAGCCCGUGGGCCCAGGGCGGCGGGUGCUGUGGCAGGGCCGGGCGCUUCGGAUCCCCCCGGUGGGGCCCUCCAUCCUGCACUGCCGGGUGCUGCAUGUGGACUACGCCCUCAAGACGGCAGGUGCGAGAGGCUGCCUGGGCACCCUCCAUUGCGGCUCCUUCCUCCAGGUCUGCGUGGACAUUCCGGGCACAUCGAAGCUGCUCCUGGAGCUGCCGCUGGUCAUCGGCACUGUCCCCCUGCACCCUUUUGGCAGCCGCUCGUCCAGCGUGGGCAGCCAUGCCAGCUUCCUGCUAGCCUGGGGGCUGGGGGCCCUGCCAGAGCAGCCUGAGGCCCCUCCAGAGUACUCAGAGGUGGUGGCAGGUGACGUGGCAGCCGGGGGCCAGAGCCCCUUUCCUCUACCUCAGGACUCCGACAUGAGCCUCGAAGGCCCCUUCUUCGCCUACAUCCAGGAGUUCCGCUACCGCCCGCCACCCCUGUACUCUGAGGAGGAUCCAAACCCCCCCUCUGAAGCCAUGAGGCCACGCAGCAUGACCUGCUGAGUGGGAGUGGACACCUCAGGGAUGAGGUUGCACAUGAGCUUCCAGCCUCCGUGGACAUGGGGAGUGGCUGGCCCAGGAGAGACCCGCCUGACUGUGGUUGAAGUUUGGGAAAUCAAGUCUUGGAAUGGGGCAGGGCUGUUCACACAGGACAGAGGAAGAGCCAGCCUGGCAUCUGACUGAGCUGGUCCUUGUACGGCAUCAAAUGGCUGGUGCAGGAUCCGAGUGACUGUUCAAGCUGUCUGUGCUGGCCUGUGGACAGGGCUGGGCUCCCCAGGAGCCUCCAGUCUGGGAGAGACACAGCCGGGCACAGAUACUUCCAGUCUAGUGGGACCAGAGGAAGGCCUGAGAGAGUCCAGGGAGAAAUCAGGGAAGGCUUCCUGGAGGAAAGGGCAUUUUAGCCGAAGCUUUGGCAUAUGAAUAAGCUCAGGAGACAGGCAAGCAAGAGAGAGAAGUCAGACAAGGUCAAAGCCGAGUGAAGUUUCGAAUCAGGCCCUGGGACAGAGGUCAGCCUGGGGUGACACAGCAGGGCCAGUGUGCUUCUGGAGACCCCUGUGUCCAGAGGGACAAAGCAGGAGGGAGUGGCUAAAUAAGCCCCCAACUGCAGAAUCCUGGCCCCGGCUGGGGCAGAGUCCCGGCCUGUGUCUCAGCAUUCCUAAGCCUUAAAUUGUUCUCUUUUGUACAAUUAUUUUUUUAAAUAAAAGUGUUGGAAGGAAGA